CCUCAGUUGUACAUCUCUUGCCACGGAGAAUUUCUCCCUUUUGAACCACGUAUUACUACUUUUGCAUUUUCGCCCUGCAUCUGUAGCCAACUCGCAGCCUUGCUGCUUCCCCACAUUCGGUUCCCCGCGUUUCGGCAGAUCAGGGCCACUUUUCCACGUCACGGCUCCUAGCCCGGACCAUCGCGCAACAUGUCCAACGACAUCGACCCUGAAGCAACCACCGAAAGCGCGGAUGCCGCGCGUGACCGUCUCGACAGGCUACCUGAUGAGCUUCUGCUCCAGCUUUUCGAGAUACUGGGUCGCACGUCGAAACGCGAUUUGUGCAACGUGUCGCGAUUGAACAAGCGCUAUCACCGUCUUAGUGACGCCGUACUGUACAAAAGCAUCCUUUUCGAAACACCAGAACUACAUCUUACUUUCAGUGAAUCGCUGGGACGUCGACCGCGACGGGGCUCGGCCAUCUAUGAAGUGAAGUUGGCGUACCCCUCACACGAGCUGUCACAGCUGGCUCUGGAUGCCCCACUGCGCCAUCACUAUGACCCGUCGCAUUCGUUGUCGAGAAUGUCCAACUUGGAAAAGCUUGACAUCUCGUUACCAGACAAGCUAUUGCAUGGUAUUGGGUGCCUCUUCAAUGGACCCUUCGACCUUGCCUGUCUCAAGACAUGUACUCUCUUUUAUCAAUGCGCCGACGAUGGAUACUGGGAUCUCCGCGAGAACAUCCACAUCUUUGCCCACCCCGAGCUGGAGAAUCUGACCAUCCGGAGAGCGAAGUUGGAUGAUCGAGGAUUCGACUCUCUCGAGCGCCCACACGAAACGGCGCUAAAGAAGCUGCACCUGAUCGAAUGCGACAUCAGCGACGACACACUGUCAGAUGUGCUCGAGUUCCCUAUAGGUCUGGAAGAGUUCGUAAUGACACAGCUUGAGGAACCGGAGCCCGAGUUGGAAGAAAGCUCUGACAGCUUCAGCGACUACAUCAUCGCGCUCAGCUCACAAGCACAUUCGCUCAAAAGCAUCACAAUCGACUUCCCAACAUUAGGCUGUCGCAAGACAUUACGUCUCAGAGAGUUUCAGACACUCAAGGAACUUCGGAUGAACUGGGACUACCAGUUGUUUGGCAAGUCCUCUAAGAAACCUCGCCUACAUUCGGUUGGUCUUCCCCCAGAGCUUGAAGUACUCGAGUUCUUCAAUGAGUUGGGUAAGGAUGAAGAGGUUACAGAUCUUCUGCUAGCAAUGCUUGAGAACAAGAGCAUCGUUGCGCGAACAUUGCAGAAGAUGAUCGUUGUGGAAGGCAAUAACAAGGUAUUGAGCGAAGUAAAGAGGGUCUGCAAAGAGCAGAAUUUGCAACUAGACAUAAUUGGAGAGCUAGACCAAGACGAAGAUGAAGACAAAGAUGAAGACGAAGAUGAAGACGAAGAUGAAGAUGAAGAUGAAGACGAAGACAUAGACGGAGAUAGUGACAGAGAUUCAGAUUAGACAGCAUAGAAUCCAUGCAAGCACAUAGAACAGCUUGGCUGCCGUUGCUUUAAGCUCAGACUCGACCAGCCAAGAUGAUUGUAGGGCAUCUCUCAUGUACGCACACCUCCGGCAGGUUGGGAAACGCAAACUGCGGGGCGCGAAUGAAAUCCCACAAAUCAAAC